CAUCGUGCUGCAGGCUGCAAAGCCUGUAAUGUGCAGCAGAGCUGGGGCGCAUGAGCCUGCCAUGGAGGCCAAGGCGAUAUGAUUCUCGUGUGCUGGGCAAUGAAGGAAAGAUCGCUUGCAACAGGCACGGCAUUGCUGAUAUUUUCUGUAGAUGAACGUGUUUCGACCAUCCCUGUCACUUCCAUGGAAGACCGACAAUAAUGGCGGCAACAGCAUUGCCAAUGUAAUGCAGGUUGUUUGGGUGUUUGAUGUGAACACAGUGCAACCAGCUCAGGAAGGAGCGUUCAGCGCGUCGAAGGCAUAAGCAUCCAAAAUGGCACCAGCACCGCGGGAUGAGAGGCUGAUCAGGGCGCUUCAAGCCCGGGCGGCCUUGGCAUCUGCACAGAAUAAUAUUCGGAAGAGUGCGAGCUAUCAGAAAGCGGUUGAGAAACUGACUGCCCACAGGCGGCCAAUAACUAGUGCGAUGGAGAUUGGCAUGGUGAAAGGGAUUGGAGUCCAGAUUAAGAAGCUACUUGAGAAGGUUUACAAUGGGGAUGUGGAAGAAAUACCCCCAGAAGCUGAAGAGGCAAUGGAAUACGGAGACUUGCCCAUUCCCCAGGGUUUCGCCUACAUUCCUGGCCCCAACACUGGCGCCCGUGCCAUUCUCAUUGCCAUGUUUGGUGAAACAAAGAGACCCGGAUAUCCAGGCUUCCUGAUGAAAGAUCAAAUCCAGGCGGCAGCUACAGCAACAGGAAUCAGCAACACCUCAAUGUAUCCGCAGCCCAAUGUGGGCCGCUUCUACAGUGGUUGGGACGGGAUCAGAACGCUGGAAGAGAACGGCCUGGUUCUCAGAACCAAACAUGGUAUGGGGGUUAAGGAGCAGUUCCGCCUGACAGACCAGGGCCGGCAGCUUGCAUACUUCCUGGAGGGAGAGCUGGGCCUACAACAAGGGGGCCGACAAGAUGGCGGGGUCGCACUCCCCCAAGACUUCUCUCCCGCGCACCGCCGUCUCUCAGGUCACUGUCAGGGGCGCCAGGCGGGGGAAGGCGGCUUUCCAGAGGUCAUGAUCGGCCGGGGUCGAGAAAUUGAGAUGGGCAGCAACUUGCAACAAGUGGAAGAGGUUGAAGCGGCCACCGGAGAGGGCUUCCGCCUGUACAAGGCGGUGUGCAAGAGCAGCAGUGCGGUGAGGAAAAAGUACGCAGUGCAACUUCAUGUCAGGGUGACACUUGCUCGAGACGCGGAGGUGGAGCAGGCAGAGGCCCUGGGGCGAGUUUUCGCGGGCAGGAGGCCGGAGCUGGUGGCACGGCUCAAAGAGAUGGGCUUCAGCGAGGAUCGGGUGUUGGCGGCUCUGGCGGCCACCGGAGCUGAUGAGGCAGCCGCUGUGCAGAUGCUAGUGGAUGGGGCAAGCAUGCAACGUGACGAAAGUGGGACAGCAGCGCCAGGUGGCGUCACCCAGAUGGUGGUAGUCAGGAGCGAGUGCGCUUGCCCCGAGGGGCGGUCGUCUCACGGCAAGUGCAAGCAUGCGGCCGCCCUGUUUUUGAGAGUGGACGCCCACCUGCGGAGCGGGGCGGAGCUGGAUCGGCCGGAGCCCGGUAAGAAGAAGACGCCCAGGAAGAAGCGAGAAAACGGGGAUGGUGGGUUGCAAGCGAAAACCGCGCCCAAGAGGCGAAAAAGCGGAGGAGGGGCGGAGGCGCCUCUGCCUAGGGAAGAGGAUCGCAGCCUGGGUGCAAUUGCUGCACAGCUGGCGAAGUCGGUGGGCUCACCAAUAACGCCUCCAAAGCACAAGGACGUGGCGCGCACGCCUGUCGGGGCCAGCCCGCGGGAGAUGGCGGCCCAGGCGGCCUUUGAACGGGCAGCCAUGCAGGCGUCCCUCCGGAAAGACUCCCCGACGAGAGCGCCGCCGGUGGAGAAGGGGACGGGGCAACGGAAUGUGGACUUUGUCGAUCUUGAGGGAGGGCUGGGCCGCGCUCACGAGCGGCACGAGAGCGAUCAGGGGGUUAGACGGGCGGUCUCUGCCAACAAAGAGUCGCGCUCAGAGACUUGGAAAGGGAAGGAAGCAGCCCGAGAUGCGUUGCAUGGUAGUAUGCUUAACUUGGGCCGAGCGACCCCCGGAAAAGGCAAGGCGGUGGCCUUUGUCGACUUGGACAGCGAUUGUGACGACCCGCCGGGGCAGCGGGAUGCUGACUCCGAGGAGGACGCCGCUCUCCUCUCAGUGGACUGGAAGAGCCCCAGAGCCAGCUGGGGUAGCGGGUGGAGCAGCGCCGCUACUCCCGCAUCAGAUCACCGAGAGAAGAGCGGAGGGCGGCGUGGCGAGGAGGCUGGGCGGGGCCGAUCGCUUGAUCUGGACUGGCUGACAGGCGACAACGCGCCAGAUCCUGCCGAGCUUGACAGGCUCGUGGAUACGGUGACUGCCACAGCGGAGCCCGGGAGUGCGCCCUCGGCGAGUGGUAGGAAGCAAGGUGGCGAAGUGGGCGGCGUGCGUCGCGUGACGGUCGUAGUUGAUGAGACGGAGCGGCAGACCAACAGCAACCCGAACUCGGUGUACCUGGAGCUGCAUCGCCAGCACGAAGCGCUGCAUGCGGUGGCCGGCGUGGCGCUGGCGGCGGAGAAGCACAAGCUGGAGACGGGGGACUACCUUUGGCUGGCAGAGACGGACGAAGGCAGUUUCGUUCUCGACACGGUCAUCGAGCGCAAGACGAUGUCCGACUUGGUCACCCGGUCGGUCACGAACGCCCACCUGAAGCAGAUCCAAAAGAUGCGCGCCAGCGGACUGCCGCACGUGUGCCUCUUACUCGAAGGAGAGUUUCGGACCGCACGCAAGUUCGUGGCAGUGGCGGGGCAAGACUGCCGCGGAGACGUGGACAGCGCGGAGGCGGUGUGGCAGCUGAUGGCGGAGCUCCUGAUCGGCACCGCAAAGGGGAUGGACGUGCCGCAGGGGGUGCCUAUUGGCAGCGGGUAUGGCCCCCCGCCGCCAGUGAGGGUGCUCCAAACGAAGGACGUCAAGGGGACUUGCAAGCUGCUGACUCACAUCUCCGCCGCUCUGGCCGCCAGGGUUGGAGGCGGGCUAGAAGGUGGGGAAGCUGCGAGCGCGGCAGCUUCGCGUCAGAUCUCUCUUGAGGAUUUCAACAAGGAGGCGCGGCAAAGGAGAACCAAGAUGAACAAGCUGCUCAAGGAGGCGGAGGGGCGGGCAAUUGAGAGUCGAGUAGGGGACGACGGGUUGGAGGAUCCGGGCGAAAGACGUGGGUUUGCGGACGAGGUUCAAAGACUGUCCGCAGAUCCGGACGCUGGUGUCGGUCCCAGCGCAGCGCAGGCAAGGAGCGGGGUUGCUGACGCAAGCGCGCAAGGGGGCCAGCCCUGCGACGAGUGCGAGGCGCAGCGGGCAGCGCUCGAGUGCGCAGAAUGCGAGCAAGCGCUGUGCUCCGACUGCUGCGCCAGCCUCCACUCCGGGGGGGCCCGGAGGGCUCACCGGCUGACGUCACUGCCCCCUCCGUGGCAGUGCGAGGAGUGCGAGGGGGCAUCGGCGGCCGUCUCGUGCGGGGAGUGCGAGCAGGCCCUCUGCGCGAGCUGCUCCGCCAAGAUUCACUCUAAGGGGGCCAGGGCACGGCAUGCGGUGGCGCCACUGAGCCUCGCACCCAUGCAACCCACCUCACGAGUUUCGACGCCGCCCGACACUCACGAUAGCGUAGAGAGGUCAGGGCGUGCGCUGAUGGUGGCCAGUAGCAGUGUGUACGCGAGCCUGCGCACCGUGGAUCUCGGGCCGAGAGUGGCUCUGGAGCAGACACGUGGCGAGCGGGACAGAGGCCCCGUGGAGGAGAGCCUGUACCUGGGCCUGGCGGACCCGGGUGGGGCAGCGGGGCGGGCAGGAGAACGCGAGGCCUUUUGGGUGGUCCUGGUCAAAGGGGACGCCUUCCUGCGGGGCAUGAUCCAAUCGCAGGUGGCAGUCAGCGGCGCAUCCUCUGCCACCUGUCCGGAGCCCGACCUGCAGGCAGCGGCGGUGCUCUUCCUGACCUCCCUCCCAGACCCGCCCUGCCCCUCCGCCCACUCCCCAGGCAAAAUCCUGAUACUCGAAAACGUGUUGCAUCACUGCCGCGCGAUGGCUGCGGCGGCAGAGCGAGCGCGGCUGAAUGGGGCGGCAGGCCCUGGCGAGGACGGGGACCAGGAGCUGCGCGCGUUCUUGGGUUGCCACGAUUUGAAUGAAGAGAUGAUUCGGUGGAUAGUCAGGAUCAUGUUCUCACGAGGUUGGAACGUGCAAUUUACAGGUAAUCAGCUCGAGAGCUCUCUGCUUUUCAGGCACUUGGCAAAGGCAUAUGUAAAGUAGUCUUAACGCUUACUCAGCUCAGUGUCAAAGCAACUUGUACACUAGAAACUCGCUCAGGAGCAGUUUGCUCUUGGAUGUGUAUAAAUGUAAACAGUGUUUGGUUUGGCAGUGUGCAUCUAGGCAGGUUGACUGUGUUUGUGUUUGAAGGCUGACAAAGGUUUGCCUAAUUUCGUGUCAUAUCUGGCGCCUCACUCAACUUUGCGC